GGUGGGGUGUGUGCUCACGUCGCGCAGGCUUUUAAAAGGUGCCCCGGUCGGCAGCCCGUCAGGAUAGGGACGGCCAGGGCAACUCAUUUGUCAUCAGUUUGACGUUUGCCCGCACGUUGAUCGAGUCCUCUCAGAGGCCUGUGCCUUACUCUGACUCUAAGGGCCGGAAGGAUGAGGGGUGGGGGGGUGUCCACGCUGUUCCUACUGAUACUUCUCAGCACAGUGUGUGCGAGGGCGUCUGCCGCAUGUACGACUCGUCGCUGUCUCGCCCAGGCUCUGAUCGACAGGAAGCUCCUGUCCCAGCCCCAGACCGACCAAUGCAAACAAACUCUGAAAGUUCCCUUCAUCGAGUACCAAACGCUGUCCGUUGACACAAAGAAUCUUCGCUUCACCAGUAGGAUGCAAGCCCGGAUGGAAUGGACCGACCCCGAGCUGGCCUGGAACCGCUCAGAGUACGACUAUGAGUCGGUGGUCCUGCCAGUGGACAAAGUGUGGACUCCAGAACUCACGGUGACUAACUCGAUGAGUCUGGUGCUUCUGCACGGCUCCAAAGACCUGCUGGCCUCCAGCGACGGUACGUUGAAGCACACAAUGUCCUUCAUCGUGGUGGUGACCUGUGAGGUGAACCUCUUCAGGUACCCCUUCUCCUCGGACAUGUGUCCGGUGGCCAUCGAGGCCUGGUCCAAAGACGGGUGCGGGAUGGACCUCAAACUAAAGGACGUUCAUCUCCUGGACGGGGAGCAGGGCGACUGGAGCACGGACUGGGUGUGGGUCCAGAAGAGAGGGGCCGGUCAGCACUUCCUCAUGGUGUCGCUGAGCACCAAGCCCAUGAACCCCUUCAUCUCCCUGAUCCUGCCCAGUAUCCUCAUCCUCUUCGUGGACGUGGUGAGCUUCGCGCUGCCACUAGGGGGCGGCGAGAGGAACUCCUUCAAGGUCACCCUGGCGCUGAGCUUCAUCAUGUUCCUCCUCAUCCUCAACAGCCUGCUGCCCGGAGACAGCCAGUGCAGCCCCAUCCUCCGCAUCCACUUCUGCGUGUGUCUGGUCUUCCUGGUGCUCAGCAUGACGGCGUCCAUGCUGCUGACCCGGGUGGCCAAGGACGGCCUCAUGAUCCCCCUCCUCUGCUGCAAGAAAACACCGUCCGCCCCGUCCGAGCCCGGGGAGGACCCAGACGAGGAGGCAUCGGCCAGGGGGGAGGGGGAGAAGAAAGAUCCCGGGAAUGAGCUGCCGGAGUUCUCAGGGGACCGGCUGCAGCUCCAGAAGGUGGUGGACUUCCUGGAGGGUGUGGAGGAGGAGAAGCAGCAGAACGAGAGGUUCUACCGUAUCGCCUGCCGGCUGGACAAGAUAUGCUUCUACCUCUACAUGCUGAUGUGCGUCGUGUACUUCUGCUUGCUCACCUACAUGUUCACCAGCUACCCCUGUGAGAUCAAUCACUUUUCCUUCUGGUACUGACCAGGGAAUUCAUUCUGCUCAUUCUGUGCCACAUUUGAUAACUAUUUAAGUAAGUAAGCAAGUAGAUACUUUACUCAUCCCCUUGGGGAAAUUCAGGUAUCCAGUAGCUCACGAAGUCGAAAGACAAUUGACAAACAACCAAAUUGACAAACAGUAAACGCCAAUCAAAUAAGUCAAUAAAAGUUUUUUAAAAAGUGAGCAAUAAUGUACAUUAUUAAAAUGGCUAUGAAUGGAGAGAAUGAUAAAGUGACGUGGUUGGAACUCAUUGAAAAAUAAUCACACAAAACUCGGUAGUCCUAUAGUCACGUAUGCAUGAAAUUAAACUUCGGCUUUUGGACUUUGACCGUUAUAUCUUUAAUGCUCUUCCUAUAUUCACUUUUUAGCCACUCUAGUGUGUCAGUGUCCUUCUCAUUGUAAACUAUUCAACAAUCAAUAGUUUAAAAUGACAGCCAACGCGUGGAGAUAAUCCAUGCUCCUUCCACGACUGUCGGUCCCAUUGGGAGAUAUUUCGAUAUACAUGUAUUGCUUCAUGUCAUAACAUCUUCCAUUCCUUAUGUAGCGUGAGUGUUUGCGUUGAUACGGGUUCUCCGGCUCAAGCGUGGCCUCGUUUUGACCACUUAACGGUGUGGACACAAAGCAUCGCGUGCUCAGAUGGCUCAGAUGCGGUUCAGUGUUCACUCUGAACCGUCCAUGUCGCGCCCCCUGCUGGUCACCGGCCUCCCGUCCUGCCGCUCGAUAUGACAGGAGGACGUCCGUGCAGACCGAUGUGCAGAACGGACUGUGAUGGCUUUAUAAAUAGACACCAAACAACACAACUCGACCUGCCAGACACCGUGGGCCCUCUUAGGGCCUGAGCUGGACGCAAUGCGGAUGGAAAGAGGUGUGUGUGUGUGUGUGUGUGUGUGUGUGUGUGUGUGUGUGUGUGUGUGUGUGUGUGUGUGUGUGUGUGUGUGUGUGUGCUUGUGUGCGUUGCAAUUAAAUGGAAAUACAAAAACGCCAAGAGGGAAGGAAAAAGAGGCAGUUAUUUCUAGAAACUCUCACACACACACACACACACACACACACACACACA